UUCUUUGCGAACGUCACAACCACUCCCUGCGUAUAAUUGAACGAGCCUGAGGUCCUUCCUGUCUCGAAUUGACAAAGCUCAAGUUUCUCUCUUUGCAGUAGGAGUCUCUUCUGAGAUGGUGGGGGUUGAAGUGAUCAUCGCUGGAUGGGCGGCAUCUCCCCUUAUCAGUAAGGCGAUCGACAUGCUUAAAUCUUAUUUGGAGGACAACCACGACUUGGAUAAAGAUAUGAAGAGGAGGCUGGGCGAUGUGCAACUCGAUCUUCCACGUAUCGAGCGCGCGAUCAACGCUGCUGAGGGAUGGCCGAUCGAGGACAAGCCUCUUCUGGCAUGGCUAAGGCAAGUCAAAGAUGCGGCUUACAAGGCAGAGGACUUGCUCGAUGAUUUGGAAUCCAAAUUCCACCAGGGUGAAAAUAAGGUGCGUGCUUCUAGUUCCUCUAAGCUACAGGCUGUCAAGCGUACAGUUUUGACUGAUGAUGAUCUCAAAAACUUGAAGAACCUUGUGAAUGACCUUGAGCGAAUUAAUCCACAAAUUAAGUCUUGGGAACAAGUGCUGCAGCAGCACAAUGCAAAUAUGAGAGCUGCAAUCAGCAAGAAUAGGUUUUUUUUAACCCCUCAGGAGGUGAUUGGACGAACUAGAGAGACAGAUCGUAUAUUACGGAGGUUACUGAGAGGAGAGGAGGGGACUAGUAGUACUCCGAGCUUUGUUGUCCUUCCCAUAGUAGGCAUUGGGGGUGUUGGCAAAUCUACGCUUGCAUGGCAUAUUUAUACGCAUGAGAGGCUUUUCCCUGAGGACAAAAGUCAGGAGGAUCAUUUCUCAUGGAAAGUGUGGUUGAACGUGUCUAAGAAUCUUGAUAUUAUAGAAAUUGCAAAUAAGUUAGUCCUGAACAAAGAAAGCCCGGUAUCAGAAAUUGUAGAUGAUCGUGAUUCUGUUAAUGCUAUUUUGGAAGAUAUAUUGAAGAAAUUUAAGAAGUUGACGAAGGACCAGAAGUUUUUGAUUGUCCUCGAUGAUGUAUGGGAUGUGGACACACAAAGUUGGGAUAAACUGAAGAGCUUCUUAGCAUGUGGGGCAAGGGGAAGCACUAUAUUGAUAACAACUCAAUAUAAAAGAGUAGCAAAAAUCAUGCGCACUAUGAAGCCUAUAAAAUUAGAUGUUCUAACGGACGAUGACUAUCAGCAACUUUUAGAACAAUGCACAUUUGGUGGUGAUCAGAAUCUUGAGGAACAAACAAGGCAAGAUUUACAAUCAAUUGGUAGGAAAAUAUCUAUACUGCGAGGCUUACCUCGGGCCGCAAACGCACUGGGAAAUAUGUUAAGGCCCUUUCUGGAUUCGAAUUACUGGGAAACAUUCUUGAAUAGUAAAUGGUGGGAACAUAAUAAAAUUUUAAGAGAUGUACUACCAUCUCUGGGGUUGAAUUAUCAAAACCUAGAUGCAAGUCAGAAACUAUGCUUUGCUUAUUGUUCCAUAUUUCCCAGGGGUCACAAAUUCGAGCAAAAUCGAUUGGUACACAUGUGGAUGGCUCAGGGUUUCAUCCAGCCCAAGACCGCAGGGAAAAUGAGAAUAGAGGAUAUAGGGAGGCAGGUAUUUGCCGAACUUGUACAUAGGAAUUUCUUCCAAAAGAUAUCUGAAAAUGAGUAUGUGAUGCAUGAUAUAAUCAGAGAGUUGGCAGAAUAUCUUUCUUCGGAUGAAUGUUCUGUGAUCAAUGAUGAGACUGAACAAAUUCAACCGGGAGUGCGCCAUGUAACUGUUACAACUCAAAAUUUGGUUGCAUUUAAUGAUUUGAGCAUGGUUGAAAAGUUGAGAACCAUUUUGUUCUUUGGCAAUUAUGAAACGGAUGCAUUUUAUAAGGUUCUUAAGAGCAUUUUAAAAUAUUCGAAAAGCCUGCGAGUGUUGGAUUUAUCUUACAGUAACUCAGGAAUCAGCAAACUGCCAAAAGCUAUUAGUCACUUGUCACAUCUGCGGUACCUGGAUAUCUCUAACACUAAAAUCUGUUGGCUGCCCAAGCUAUUUUGUAAGCUUUACCAUCUACAGGUGCUGAACUUGCAGCUGUGUGAUUUUAAUGAGUUACCUAAAGGCAUGAAUAAAUUGACCAACUUGCGCCAUUUAUGUGCAGAAUCUAAGACAGUUUCUCUAAUAUCUGGGAUUGGGAAACUUACUUACCUUCAAGAACUAAAGGAAUUCCACGUUAGUAAGAAGAAGGGUCACAAGAUAGAAGAAUUAAAGGACCUAAGAGCACUUCGAGGGCAGCUAUUAAUUCAGAAUCUUGAAAAUAUUGAUAGCAAGGAAGAGGCCAUGAAAGCAAGACUAAGCGAAAAGAGGCACCUUGAUGCACUGCAUCUUUAUUUUGAGAUAAAGGAUGGACCAGUGACUAGAUCUGGCUUCAUUUCAACAAGAAUACUCAAAGUAUUUUCAAAAAGCGAAAAUACACCUAACUUGAAAGGGCUACUUGAAGGGCUCGAACCUUAUUGUGAUAUUAAGGAACUAGUAAUCAAGGGUUAUGACAGCGAGAUGUUUCCAAGUUGGCUUCGGCAACUAACCUCUCUCCAAGAGCUACAGUUUUCUAAUUGUGACAAUCUCCAGCAUCUGCCUGAUUAUUUGGUAAACCUUUCCUUGCUCAAGAAGUUGACCAUAUGCGACUGUCCUAAGGUCAUGUCAUUGCCAAAGAAUCUCUUGCCUGCCUCACUUAAAGAAUUGCAUAUCUCGGGAUGCCAGCUGUUGAAGGAACGGUGCCAAAAGGAGGGAGGACCAGAUUGGCCAAACAUUGCUUGUGUACCUUGCAUAUGUAUUGACCAGGAGAUCAUACAAAUGUUGCAAGAAGGAAGCUCAGACACGGCUGCUACUUCUAUGUCUUAGGUAAAUAGAAAUAUUUCCAUUUCUUACCUGGCAUUUUAAAUUUCUAAGGUCAGCUUGAGAUGAGAAACUCUGGGAGGCAUUGUGCCAAGGUUGCAUUGGACCAGCCAACUUCAAGGAUGCGACAAGCUUCAGACAUGCUGCGAUGUUCCACAAGGAAGCCAGCUUCCAAAUGUUUUAAACUGGAAAGCACUUCAUAGGAUCCUGACAUGCUGUAAUGAACUCUCAUUUGGAAUGCCACAAGUUUGCGCAUUCUUUUCCCUUCUUUUCCUUUCCUCUCUUUUAUUUCUUCCUAUUUUUUGUUUUUAUUGCUGAGAAAUGUGAUCGCCAUGCAUUUACAUGCAUCCUUGGAUGAUAAAUUGCAGAGUUGUUGAAGUUAGAUAUGAGUAGUUUGGGGUCUCACAAAAUAUGAUGCAAGGUCUUACUGGAUGUUCAGCGCAUAUCUUCUCCACAUGCCCAAUGUUCAGCACCAUCUGGAAAGAAAUCUGCUCAGAGCUGGGGAUUCUUCGUCCACAAUCCUCUUUCGACUAUCUCUGCACGUCCAGUGGAACUUAGCUAAGAACAGUCGGCACAUUAUACUAAUGCUGCUCAUAGCCUGGCUUGGUCCUGUUGGAGAGAAAGGAACGCCAGUCUUUUCCUUAACAAACACAGACCCGUUGCCUCAAUUGCCACUGAAGCACUGCAUGCAUUCAAUGAUUGUUCACUAACCUGUAGACCUCUGAAUCCUCCUCAGUUGCCUCAAUUGUUAGGGUGAGGCAUGUUCACAAUCAUCUGGUCGACCUCUGAAUCCUCCAUGCACCUUUUUGGUAUCUCUAGUAAUUGAAGAUGACAAGUGGCACAGACUUUGGCACAGACUCUGGCACGGCACAGGGUCUGACAUGAAUUUCUCUCUGCUACUGGAAAACUGAUGGUAUCAUCCCCUCCCUUACUUGGAUGACUGAAAACUCUAGUCACUGGGUCUUCUUCAGCAAACACUUCGACCGGCUCAUGGCUAAGGAGAAUGAAGAGCUGUAGAAUGAUGAGAUUGCUCCUGGGGCUUUACACAUUUGAGUUUCUUGAUGCUGGAGAUGCUCCCAAUUUUGGUUCAUCAAUUCUCUGCUAAUGUAACUGAUCACUUGAUCUCACUCCUUUUGUAAAUACUUUUCCAUCCUCAAUAAAAGUCCGGUGGCUAUUUACUUAGCCUACUUU